GAAAGCUACGCGACACUUUGUCUCGCAACAGCUUACUGAAUACGAAUACUUUCAAGAAAUGUUAAAUAAAAAAGAAUUGCCGAAUCAUAAAAAGGUGAAAAAAAUUAUAGAUGGUGAAAAAGAGGUGAAAAAUACUUCAAAAACUAUGACCCAGAAAUCGAAAAACACAAGUGAAAAUUCUUCUUCGGAGUUGCCGUCCUCUUCUGAUGUAGGGUCUAAAAAUGAUGAAGAAAUAAAGUUUGAUUUCACAAGUGUUGAAAUUGAGUUGCUACAGGAACAAUCAAAUAAGUGGGAGGUCGGUACGGUCAAUGUAUUGCAAAGAUUUAAAAAAUACCAGAUAGAGAUAAUUGAGAAAGCGAAAACUUACAGAAUAAAAUGGACACUUUCUUCGAUAAUUGUUUUAAGCUUGCCUUGUCCUUAUCCUACUCAUAUUUUUACUAGUUGGGAAUGGCAGACGAUUAUAUAUAAGAACCCUUAUAUUGUAGCUGAUUCAGUUCUAUCUGAAAUUUUAUCUUCUUUACGAAAUGUAUCAGCUGAUUUCUUGGAAGGCAAGACUCUUUUUUUGUCUUUAAGUGAUUCCGAAAUCAGCUGA